AUGUCAUUAAAUCGUGUAAAUCUUGUCGAUUACAAUAGUCCAUCGACAUCGUCAUCAACACAACGUGUGCUCCAUUGUACAAUAUGUAAUAUAUAUCCUCGAAGUCUUCAAGCUUAUGUUGAACAUUUGGAUAUUCGACAUCGUGAUGAAGAAGUUGAAGUUGCAUGUCCAGUCGAUGGAUGCGAUGAAGCAUUUCCAUCUGUAGCUCGAUUUAAAAUUCAUAUAAGAAAAAUUCAUUCCACACCAACGAAUACGAAAAGUUCAACUGCAACAAGUGGACUUCUUUCAUCAUCGAAUGCAACAACCAUACGAACAAAUAAUGAUAUUGAUGAAGCAUCAUCCGAUGACGACGAUGAUGAUACUCAUCGUCGAAAUAGUUAUCUUAAACGACCAAAAUUAGAUGGUAAAAGACGUUUUGGAACAGUGAGUCGAAUGACAAAACUUGAACCCAAUGAUUCAAUGGAGUAUGGAUUAAAAAGUGAAGAUGAAUUUGCCGAUAUUCAAUUUGAAGAUCCCGAAUGGAUGCCAGUCUCCGAACGACGUGGUACAUUAUAUACACCUAAUAUGAGUUUAAUGGGUGAAGAUGAAGAAAGUGGUAGUGCAAUGACACCUGUGUCUCGCAGUGGUGGUCGUGUUCGUUGUUAUGCACCUAUUCCACAUCCGCCACAAUUACCUGAACUAUCAGAACGUGUUCAAGCUUGCUUAGAAAAUGGUCAAGCAGCUCAAGUAUUACAAGAAUUUAUCAAUGAAACAGCAGAAUUUUUCAUGAAAACUUAUCCACAAUUAAAAACGGGUCGAGAAUAUCGUAAAAUUGGUUUAGCUUUAAUUAAAAAAUAUCCUUGUCUAGCUGAAAAAGGCAAUCAUCUUAAACCUGAAGCUUUACUCUGUCGUAAAUUAUCGAUCAAAAUGCGUAAUAUGCGUCAAAAAAUUCGGGCUAAAUCAGGUCGAAUUGAAAAAAAUGAUAAUCGAAUACAUCAAAAUAAUGAUGCGUAUUAUGAUGCAAUAACUGCAAAACUUCGUCAAAUUCAAGGUCAAGUACAAUAUUCAACACUAUACAAACAAUAUCUAUCAAAAACACAUACGAGACGCCGUGAAUGGUUGAGUAAUAAUGCUGAUCUUAAUCUCUAUGGCAUUUUACAAGAAUUACCAUUUAUGGCUGGAAAAGAAUUUUUAACUGGUGAAUAUGGUCUUCUACGCGGUAGACAUAUUUCGUCGUUCAGUAAAACAAUUGGUCUUGUACUUGAUAUAUUAACAAAGCAUUUUACAAUAAGAAAACGAGAAAAUAUGGAUUUAACAUAUCGUUUAUGUUUAAUGCAAUUAUGUAGAGCAUUAAAUUGUAAUUUUAUUAUACAAAAUAAACAAACUGACAGUACCAAAGGAAGUGAUAAAGAAACAGAUGAUAGUAGUCAUUUACGAUUAACUGUAAUGGACUUCGUUAAUGGAACAUCGUCGUAUUUUCUUUUCUAUGGUCGAAAACCACUUUGUGAAUUAGCCACAGGUCAAGGAAUGUUGAAACAAGCAUUACUUCUUUUUCUCGUUACAUUCGAAGUAUAUAUGGUUGAAAUACCAGAAGAAUACUAUGAAGCUGUAAGUUUACUUCGAGUUGUCGUAUUCGGUAACGUCUAUGAAAACGAAGUACCAGAAUCAACUGAAGCUCAACGUUUAAUAGCCAUUAUCGAAGAUGUGUCAUUGUGUGAUCGAUUGAAACAACGUUAUGGAAUUGACCCACCGAAUCCUAAAUUAAUGUUGCAUGAUCCAAGUGAAAAGAAACAUAUUCGAGAUAUUGAUUUUAUUCGAUAUAUCGUUAAUUUUAUUAUUGAACAAGCCAAACAUAAUAUUGUUAUAUCUGAAUUACCUGAUGUUAUUCGAACGUUACAUUCGGAGGCACAGGCUAUUAUUGAAAAUAAGAAAAAAAUAACAUUAGACGAAGCGAUUCUCCACGUACAAACAGUUGGUGCAAUGAAAUAUCCAUAUUUAAAAAAUUCGAAACCGAUAUGUGCUGAAGAUUUUGUCAAGGAAGUUAUACGUGAAGUAUUCAAUCGUCUAGGAACUACUAUCACUUUAGAUAUGAUUGAAGAUAUUUGUCGAUUUACGACUUGCUCUACGAAGCAAUUGCUUGAUGCAAUGCCUCAACUGGAUGUUCAUGAGGCAGCUAGAUUAAUUAUGGAAGAUAUUUCACGUAAUCAGUUUAAAAUCAAGGAAAAUCAGAUACAACUAAAUAUACAUAAUACACCGAUAACAUUGAAUCGUACAAUAAAAGAAAAGACGGCAUUACUUUCAUCUUCAUCAAUGACACAAAUGUACAAAAGUAUACCUGACAUUACAAAAAGAACGUCAUCUCCAACUAGUAACGUGCUUAUAAAAUCUGAAGGGCAAUCAUCUGAAUUGGUACAAAAUUCAAAUCAAACACAUCGUAAACCAAAAUUGCCAGAGCACAACGACUUAACACUAACAAGCACGACCAAAAAAUUAUCGAAUAGUUUAUCAGUCUCUCAUCGAUCAUCGAAGAAAAGCAUGAAAAACGAGCGAAAUCAGUCUAGUAAUCAAACUGAUUCCAUUCAAAAACGACUUUUGAAAUUAAAGCACUCGAAAAAUCAGUUAACUGAAAUAUUAAAGCAAAAUCCUUUGUUGACAGUGCAACAGCGUAAACUAAUAAAAUGUACGAAGCCGGUGAAUAUUUCAUCGUCGUCUCUUGUAUCGUCUGAUACACAUUCAAAAGAAUCGUGCCCACUAGCUUUAAUCAAACAAAAAGUAAACUUCUUACUUAAAUCAUACCCGUUGGACAAAAACUUAGAUCGAAAAACAAGAAAAAAAAUUAUGAAGAAUUUCUUGCAAGAAUAUACAAGAAACCAAAAUCAAGAGACUAGUGAUUCGACGAUAGCCGAAGGCAUGUGUUAUUAUUCUUUUAAUCAAAUGAACUUUUUUUUAUUUCGAAAUUUAACAGAUCAACGUUCAAUAACAAGUGAUAAUAGAAGUUUGAAGAUUAAAUUACCUGAACCCAAUACAAAGACUUAUUCUAUUCGUUCUGAACAACGGCGAAUAAGAAGGCCAUCUAUUACUUCAACAUGUAAUAUGAGUAAUAUCAAUAACAACGUCAAUGCUUUUAUUAAACCUACCAAAUCACUCAAAAAGAUCUCUCGACGAUUCUUGAAACGAAUAUUUUCACAUACAGAAUCAUAUACUAACAUUGUUCCUUUCUCGAAUGGACUAAACGAUUUAAAGGAAAAUGUUCCUUGUACCAUUAAACCUAUUCGUCACUACGGCAAACAUUGUAAUCAACAUUCUGGUAUUAAUAAUAACGAGUAA